AUGGACUGGGCAUCGAUGCUUUUAUCACCCUUUGUUUGCUAUGUUCAUCUCCGGAACCCGAUUUUCGAGGGGAAAGACCCACUCUUUUCCCGCGCCGCCCUCGACCUUCUCCAGGAUGACGCCGACGACGACGACAUCCAGACCCCACGAGACAUCAAUCAGCCCGUCAGACUACACCAGGUCCCCGAUCCCGGACCCCUAAGAAUGCCUGGAAGAAGAACGCAGCUGGCUCUACUACCUCGCCGAGAUUUCCCUCCGGCACACUCCGAUCUACCGCCCCUGAUCCAACUCACCAAAGACCGCUACCCCGACAACGAACUCUCCUUCUACCUGCAAGGCCGCAACCCGAAGCCGGCCCAGAACCAGAGUCCGACGAACCCGUGCGUCAUCGAACUCGCUCAAAAAGCCGUCGAUACCUGCGCCGCCAUGAUACCGCCCUCACGGCGGAUGCUGGUUCGUCGGCCGGCGCGCCUUCUCCUGCGCCGUUAUGAUCCUCGCCGCCGCGAGAGGCGAAGACGAACCUGUUCGGCCACCCUCCGACUAGACUUGCCUCAUGCGGCUCGCGUUGAGUGUGUUCAGGCACUGGGGCAGGAAGGCGCGCGAUCUCGAGCGGAUGUGGGAUACACUCACUCCGACUUCUCUUUCAAGAGGUGCAGCGGAUGA